GUUUAUUUUCGUGAUGGAAAUCCGUCGCAGACGAACAAAAACGAACGAUAAUAAACGAUUAUUGCGGCAAAGCGCGAAGUUUGAUUGCGAUGAAAUCGCUACCGGCGACUACGUUACAAAUAGGAUCCAAAAAGAAGAGGGUGACCAGGAAAUUUUAUUGCAAAAAUCAAAUGAAAAGUAUUUGUCAGAAGAAGAAUCUAAGAUAGUUCAUGAAGAAAAACGAGCUAGAAUAAAGAUAUAUUUGGAAAUCGAUCUAAUAGCUGUUAUUUUAUUGAUUGCUGGUCUUGUCACACGUCUCUAUAGAUUGGAAGAACCGAGAAGUAUAGUGUUUGAUGAACUGCAUUAUGGUAAAUAUGUGGGCUUGUAUAUGAAACAAACAUUUUUUUUUGAUUCGCAUCCACCAUUGGGAAAGCAACUUAUUUCUAUUGCUGCAUAUAUAGCAGGCUUCGACGGACAAUUCAAGUUUGAUAGAAUAGGAAGUCCAUAUGCUGAUACAGUUCCUCUUUUCGCAUUGCGUUUAUUUCCUGCCCUAUGUGGGAGUCUCAUAAUACCAACAGCUUAUCAUCUUGCCCUUGAAUUAGGUCUGAAACAAUGGACUGCUAUGAUCGCAGGAAUACUCUUAUUGUUUGAUAAUGCUCUUCUUACGCAAUCACGAUUCAUUUUAAUGGAAAGUAUGUUAAUUCAAUUCUCAUUGUUUGGAUUAUUAUGUAUAAUAAAGUUUAGAAAGGUCAUGGAUCAGCCAACAAGUUUUUCAUGGUGGUUGUGGUUGUCUCUAGGAAUUGCAAGUUUAACAUGUGCUGUAUGUGUAAAAUAUGUUGGAUUCUAUUCAUUGGUCCUUGCCAUUUACCUCAUCACUCGAGAUUAUUGGUCUUUGAUACCUAGAAAAACUUUAUCUACAAUAAGAUUACUUGGUCAUCUGUUAUUGAGAAUUGUUCUAAUAAUCGUUGUGACGAGUUCUAUAUAUCUAGGUGUUUUCUAUAUACAUUUGGAAACACUUUCUAAAGCUGGUCCGCACGAUGCAGUAAUGACUAGUGCAUUCCAGGCAAGUUUAGAAGGUGGUCUUGCAAGUAUUACAAAGGGACAACCUUUAGAAGUUACACAUGGUUCACAAAUCACGUUGAGACAUACUUAUGGAAGAGCAUGCUGGCUUCAUAGUCAUAGUCAUAUGUAUCCAUUGAGAUAUCCAGAUGGUAGAGGAAGUUCACAUCAACAGCAAGUCACUUGUUAUUCAUUUAAAGAUGUCAAUAAUUGGUGGAUAGUAAAAAGACCAGAUAGAAAUGAUUUGGUAGUUACAAAACCUAGUGAACCAAUAAAACACGGGGAUGUGAUACAAUUGGUUCAUGGUAUUACUAGUCGAGCAUUAAACUCUCAUGAUGUUGCAGCACCUAUGACACCUCAAAGCCAAGAGGUGUCCUGUUAUAUUGACUACAAUGUAUCCAUGCCUGCUCAAAAUCUUUGGAGAGUAGAAAUAACAAAUAAAGAUCAGUUGGGUGACAUAUGGCAUGCCAUUCAAAGCCAAGUACGCCUGAUACAUGUAAAUACUGAAUAUGCAUUAAAAUUUAGCGGUAAACAGUUACCAGAUUGGGGUUUCAAUCAAUAUGAAAUUGUAGCAGACAGAUUGGUGGAUCAAUCGAAUUCUAUUUGGAAUGUUGAAGAACAUAGAUAUACUAAAAAUGAAGAUCAAAAGCAAAGAGAAAGAGAACUUAUUAAUGCAGAGAUGAUACCAUUGCGUGCAACUACGCUGAGUUUUUGGGAGAAGUUCGUGGAAUUGCAAAUAAAAAUGUUAUUCGGUGGUCAAGAGGGACAAAAUAGUCAUAUGUAUUCAAGUGGGCCAUUAGAAUGGCCACUUAUGUCUAGAGGCAUAGCAUAUUGGGUUUCUAAUGAUAGCAAUGCACAAAUCCAUCUUUUAGGAAACAUAGCAAUAUGGUACUCUGGUACAGCAGCUUUAAUAGUAUACACUGUUCUCUUAAUAUUUUAUAUGAUGAGAAGAAGAAGAAUGUGUUUUGAUAUUAUUAAUGGAGAAUGGAACAGAUUUCUUAAUGCCGGUGGCAUAUUACUAUCUGGCUACUUUUUACAUUUUUUACCAUUUGUAUUUGUAGAACGAAAUUUAUUUUUACAUCAUUAUUUACCAGCAUUUGUUUUUAAGGUCCUUUUAACAGCAGCAAUGAUAGAUCAUAUUUAUUAUUUAAUAAGAAGACGACAUACUAAUAAUACGAUUUUAUACGCAGUAACAUUUAGUACUAUUACAUGGCUAAUUUUUAUUAUUUACGUAUUCCGAAAAUUUGGUGCACUUAGUUAUGGGACAAUACCCCUUAGUACCAAGGAUAUAUUGAAAUUAAAAUGGAAAGACUCAUGGGAUUUCAUCAUACACAAAUCUUAAUAAUUAUAAUUUGACGUUAUAAAAAUUAUUUUUAUACAAAUGUUAUAUAUAUAUAUAUAUAUAUAUAUAUAUAUAUAUAACUAUAAAAUAGGAGACUCUCUUUUUUGUGGCAUAUUUAAAUUAAAAUGCUGCAUAAUUACAAAGUUCGUUUACAGCAUAUAAAUAUGCACAUUUGGAUAAUUAUAAUAAUAAUAUCCAAAUGUAUAUAGUUAAACUCAAUUAAAAAAGCGUAAAUAUAAAGAGAUUUAUUAAAACUUUUCAUACCAUUAAAAUGCGACAAAUACAUAGCAAUACUCGGAUAAUGCAGAACAGGAACACAAAUAGAUAACUUUAGUAUGUAAUAUGUUAGAAUUUUUUCUAAUUUAAUUUUGCGCGCACUGUCAAAUGUUAUAUAUAAACAUUUAAAAACGACAUAUGAUAUACAUUUAAAGAAACAAAAAAAUCAUUAAUGUUAUUAAAUUAAUUUAUGAGACUGAUUAUAUAGUAUUUUUAAAAAGCUAAAACUUUGCAAGGGAAAGUCAAUGCUACAUUCUGUUUAUAUGCGAUUGAAUCUUUAAUAAGGGUAUUUAAACCGUAAAAUCCAGGUUUGUUUUUGUACAGAAAACUUGAUAUUUUCAUAUAAGUUAAAAAAAGUUUGUUUGUACACAGAUUUUCCUUCUCUGUUGAACAAGUUAUAAUUCAAUUAUUUCCAGAUUAUUCACAACAUAAUAUUUAAUUGUGUAUUUUUCUUAGUCGUAUUUAUAUUAAUUUGUCAGUGUGAAAUGGCAAACCUAAUUCUAAAUACGUACACUAAGUUUCCUUAUUAUAGCUUUCAAUACAAUUAAUUACAUGUUAUUAGGAAACGAUUAAAUUACAAUUUGUCCAUCACUACUUUUUUUAUAACUAGAACCAAUGAGUAUUAUUUGUACAAUUUCUUACGUUUCCAAUAUUCUUAUAAUGAUUGAAAUCAAAUUUAAAAGAUAAAAUAACAAUGUAAUAUACAUAACAGAAUAGGGUAGACAUUUGUCUUAUCACAAAUCCAAAAUACGUAUUUAAAAUUUUUUAACGACAAACGAUUUAAUCGUUGACGUUAAUAAGUGAACACAAUUGAACGAAUGAGACCAUCUCUGACACUGUGAUCAGUAUUACCGAUUCCAAACGAAAAGAAUACAGAAUCACAGGUCAUAUGUUGCGUGCAGAGUCCCAUUGGAUACCAACCAACUUUGUUAAAGACUACACCCACGCGAUAAAUCUGUUUUGGAAAAAAUAGCAAUAUUUUUAUAAAAAAGAGAAUAAUAUCUUUCUUAGUUUUAAUACAUAAGAAUAGAAAAAAAACAGACCUUGUGUUUUUGUAUGUAAACAGGUCGAUUAAAUGUAAUUUCCACGAGUGUUCCAACAUUUACUUUAGUAGUAAAAUGUGUGUAUGUUAAACGACUGCCAUCAGAAUCUAAAAGAUGAGCAUACAGUAUUUCUGUAUAUGACGUAUCAGGAUCUGAAUUUUGAUGUAAAUUACUUGCCUGUAAAAAAUAAUUAAACAUACAAUGUAUACACGCGCGCGCGCGCACACGCGCACACACAUACGCACACACGUACACACACACACGCGUGAGUUCUUUGAUCAAAUCGACCAACUUAUGUUUUUUCAUAUAGAUUAAUAAAUUAACAUACCACAGUU